AUGCGUUUCUCCGUCUCUCGAGCCCUCUCAAUAGGGCGCCAGGCUUUCUCUCAGCAGCCUGUAUUCUUCACACAGCGAGCUUUCCUCACCACAGUCAGGACAGCCCCCGCUCGCAGCCCAAAUUUCAAGAAGCACGUCUCGUACAAGCCGAACCCUGGGGACCAGCCCAGCAACCCCAACAAAAAGAACAAGAUUCCUUACCAAGCACGACCUCUUGAGCAGCCCACAGUCCCUUCGCCAUCGAAAGAUCGCAACCGAAUCGCUGCGCAUCUUCAAUAUAUCAUCAACCGUACACCAUAUGCCCAACUUCCCGUCUAUCGCAAGUGGAUGUCUGGAGGCAACCGCUGUAUCGUUAUUAUCAAGAAGGUGAAGGGCGACCACCUCAAACUGGUCAAGGAUUUGUCGGACGACCUACAAAUUAAGGCAGAGGACAUUCGAAUAAAUCCCGUAACACAACAUAUUGAAAUCAAGGGCGACUUGUAUGCCCAGACGUUGAAAUGGCUUCUCGACGUCGGCUUUUGA